AUGGAGGAAGAUUUAUUCGGCGAGUCUACGGGCUUCUCGAUACAGCAGCACGGACACAAGGAUAUGGUUGAGGCGUCGGCAUUUAACAGCUACGGCACGCGGUUUGCCCUGGGCUCGGCGGAUGGGAAGAUCAAGGUGUUUGAUCGGCUGAGGAAUGGGGGUUGGGGACUGUGUGAUACGUGGGCGGCGCAUAAUGCGGAGGUUUUGGAGUUGCAUUGGCUGCCGCCGACUAUACAUCCGAAUAUGCUGGGGUCGAUAUCGACGGAUGGGAAGUUCAGGCUCUGGGCGGAGGAUCCUACCAUCCCCCCUCUUAAUGGGAGGCGAUUCAACUCAAAGGCAAAUCGCCCAAUCUACGAAUUGCGAUCUGCGUCGAGAGCGCCAUUCCUCUCUUUCGAUAUCAAACACAACCCGGAGCUACGCCAUACAUUCCUAGCAUUGCUCGAUCGCGACGCCCUGUUGACAGUCUACGAGAAUGACGAGCCUGAAAAUAUGACUAGUUGGACACAGAUCGAUCAAUUCCUCGUCUGCAAAAAGCCCUCCAGAGGCGAAGAGGUGGCAUUCAAAGUCUCCUUCGACCCCAAUCUCGAGCCGUCAUACAAUGCCAUCCGCGAGGGUGUUCCGCGGGACUCCUUAUCGCUUAUUGUCGCUGGUAUGAACACAGCCAGGAUCUGGCGCACGAAGAUGAUCUCCCAUGAUGUGAGCUUGGGGUCAGGCAGCAGCAGGGAGUUUUAUCGCGCAGCGGACUUGCCGGAUCAUAAGAGCUUGGUGAGGGAUGUUGCUUGGGCGGCUGGCAGUAUCAGGGGCUAUGAUAUUUGCGCCACUGUGUGUAAGGACGGGAUAGUACGGGUGUUUGAGGUGCGGACACCGCCGAAGGAUGGACAAGAGGCGACAGAUGCGCCGUACGGGGCCUAUCCUUCUAAUAAGGGAGGUAAUCCUUCACGGAUGAGUGAUGAGCUGAAGAAUGGUCCAUCGGGUAUCGGUGCUGGCCUGGCUACUGUGAGGUCUGGUCCUGGUGGCAAUAGGCAGUCUGGGGGAGUAUCUCUGGCUGGUCAAGUUCCGCAUGUGGUGAAGGAAAUGACGAAACUCGACGGCCACCAUGGCCCUGUCUGGCGCUGUCAAUUUGACGAUGAUGGCCAGAUGCUGGGGACGACUGGCGAUGAUGGAAAACUCCUCUUAUGGAGAAGACAGCCAAACGGACAAUGGUGUCUUAACGGAGAGCUUGCCAUGAAGAGGGAGCAUAGGCCCAUUGCUUAA